GAGAGAGGGAAUGGAAAUCUAUCAAAAUCGUUCAUUGCGCUAUUGGGAGAAGAAGUUUACAUCAAAUUUUCUACAGUUUACUCCCUUUUACUACAACAUUCAACAAAACUCUACUGCAUCCCAACACAACAAUGGCUAAGGGUGCGCGCUCAAGCUCUAUCAAGGCAAACAAUUCCGCCUUGAAAUCCAAAGUCUUUGGUCCGGUCGAGAAUGCACGAGCAGAGAGGAUGCAUGCGAAACUCAUGGAAUUGAUUUCGCAACCCAAGCCAUCGGCGAAGACAGAAGAUGUGGACAUGGAAGCAAAAGAAGGAAAGGACGGCGAGGCGUCUGCAAAAGAUACCUCGAAUGCCGCCGCCGCAGCUCAAGAAAAGCCAUCCGAAGAAAUGGAGGUAGAUGCUAUCAGCAAGGUUGGCUCCAAGUCAAAGAACCGCAUCUCGAAGAGAAAAGUUAGCAGCCGCAAAUCCCAGAUGACUUUCACUACAUACAAGAACGGAAAGAAAGUAGGAGGAGGCAGAAAGCAAAAGAUCUAUUGAGGCGCAUUGAGAUGCUGGAAGUCGACAAUCAAUCAUAAUUUAUAGGCGCAUCGGACUAUCUGGUUUUGGGGGCAAUGGAGUUCAUGGCGAGGGUUUUGUUACACCUCAUGGCAGAUAAAAUCGAGGAGUAGUUCAACGGACUUCAAGAAAUUAGAUUAUACCAAGAAUUUGAAAGUUUCA